AUGUCUUCUCCCUCCCCUCUUCGUAGUCUCUCCGACACCAUCGCCCAAGCUACGGCUGUCAUCGACGGUGCAUUCGAGGCUGCGAAGCUUCCCUUCCCAUCGCUUGACACGCCGUUCGACCCCCAGUCCCCUGCUGAAGCUCUAUUCGCGCAGCCCGAAGUCGCUCGCGCGGCCGAGACCCUCGUCCUGGCGGGAAAGGCUCUGUCCGCGUGCACCGUCAAACCUCAGCUUCUCGCCUUGCGCACGCCGCUCGCACAUACAAUCUCUGCCGCCCUGAACGUAGCGCUGGAGGGCUACGUCCCCGAGAUACUGCAUGGUCGUCCCGAGGGUGUGCCUGUGAAUGAGAUCGCCACCGUGAAUGGCCUUGAAUCAGGCAAACUCGGUCGCAUCCUGCGCAGGCUUGCCUCGAUACAUAUCUUUACCGAAGUCAAACCCAACGUCUUCGCCCACAACCGUCUUUCCUCCGUGUAUGAUACGGGCAAAUCUGUAGAGGACAUCCUGAAGAAGUUCUACUUCAUCUAUGACCAUCGCACCAGCAUAACUCACUACGUCAUCUUAGUCCAGUCGAGCGGCACACGGGCACCUCUGGAAUCGGCGCCCUCGCGACUCACGAGUAUUACGGACGAGAUUUUCAAGAGUGCUGCUCAUCUGCACGACGCUCUCAAGGAUAAGGAGUACGGCUUCUCCGACAAGAUCGAUAAAACAGCCUUUUCGUACGUCUUCAAAACCGGCAACAUAUGGGAGUGGUUCGAGCAGCCAGGCAACGAGCGUCGCCUUGCAACUUUUACCGCCGCCAUGAAGGGGGGCUCGAUCAGCGCGCAGAACCCUGACAACAUCUUGAAGACUCUAGAUUGGGCGUCGCUCCCUCAGGGUGCCAAAGUCGUUGACGUCGGCGGCGGUAUGGGGCAUGUUGUUAUCCCUAUCGCCAAGAGAUAUCCUCAGCUGCAAUUUGUUGUGGAGGACCGGCAGGCUGUGGUUGAGAAGGCGAAAGAGCACUGGAAGCAACACUUGCCCGCCGCCUCCGUCGAGAUGGUCCCACAGGAUUUCUUUGCCACGCAGGCCGUGAAGCAGCCCGCUGUCUUCACUCUCUUCCAUAUCAUCCACGACUGGGGCCGCACGGCGUCGAUCACAAUUUUGCGCCGCCUUCGUGAAGCCGCGGGUCCGGAUACGAAACUGAUCAUUGGGGACCAGAUUGCUCCCUACGCCUGCCCAGUCGACGUGCAACCGGUGCCUAAGGACAUCAAGGGCGCGGACAAGCUGUCGCCCCCCAUCUUGCCGCUUCUGGCGCCAGGCCGAGCGGAGAUGGCCUGUGUCGUGGAUAUGUCUAUGAUGAUCUGCCUCAAUGCAGAGGAACGCACGCUCAGCGGGUUCGUCGAGCUUGCGUCAGCCUCAGGGUGGAAGAUUGUCGAGGUCUGCACGAACGUCGGCAGCUUCGACGCACAUAUGGUCGCUGUACCCGUCUGAAGGCCUGUACAGCAUCGUCUUGAUCACUUAUAGAACAAUAGGAAUCCCAUGACGUCGCGCCUGAUUUCGCCUUUGCGAGUCGGCCGCUUUCGCAAGCACUCCCAAUCCCGAAGCACGUCAAAAGGGCAGCCGUCUCGACAAAUUCUGAUUACCUCGCGCGGCUGCGCACGCGAGAACGACCUCGUCAAGAAG